CGGUUCCUUUCCGCCACCGUCACUACCUCCACCUCCCCCUUUGAUAGGAGAGGCGGAGGUCCUAAAAGCGCGAUCUUUCCUGAUAAUUCCAACAUUCCCGGGGGCGGGGGUCCCUCUCGCGGAUCUCGCUCUCGCCGACUUGUCUUCUCUACCUUCUCCGCUGUCGCCGGACAUGUUGCCGUACGCGACGUUGGAGGAUGCGGAGGCGGCGCUAGGGCGGAGCCUCACCGCCGUGGAGGCUCUAUGGUUACGCUAUUCCGCCCGGAUGCCCGACUACCUCCUCUACUGCCACAACAUCCUCUUCCUGCUCGUCAUCUUCAGCCUCGCCCCCCUCCCGCUUACCUUGAUCGAGCUCUGCCUCCCCGCCGCCGUCUCCCCCUACAAGCUCCAGCCCAAGGUCCGCCUCCCGGCCGCCUCCUUCUUCCGAUGCUACAAGGAUGUCAUGCGCGUCUUCAUCUUCAUCGUCGGCCCGCUCCAACUCUCCUCCUACCCAACCGUGAAGCUUGUGGGGAUACGGACCGGGUUGCCGCUGCCGUCGUUGUGGGAGGUGGCAGCGCAGCUGGGGGUGUAUUUCUUGGUGGAAGACUACGGCAACUACUGGAUCCACCGGCUGAUGCACGGCAAGUGGGGGUACGAGAAGAUCCACCACGUCCACCACGAAUUCACCGCGCCCAUCGGCUUUGCCGCUCCCUACGCGCACUGGGCGGAGGUUCUCCUCCUCGGGAUCCCCUCCUUCGUUGGGCCGGCCAUCGCCCCCUGCCACAUGAUCACCUUCUGGAUCUGGAUCGCCCUCCGCCAGCUUGAGGCCAUCGAAACCCACAGCGGAUAUGACUUUCCUUUAAGUCCCACAAAGUUUAUCCCCUUCUAUGGAGGAGCAGAGUAUCAUGAUUAUCAUCACUAUGUUGGAGGACAGAGCCAAAGCAACUUUGCUUCCGUGUUCACCUACUGUGAUUACAUAUAUGGGACCGACAAGGGAUACAGAUACCACAAGGCAUGCCUAACAAAGGUAUCAGGAUUCUGCAUACCACAAGAAUUGAAGGAGCAGCAGGGAAAUGGUCACCUGAAUGGGGAAGUUAAUGGCUUCAUCAACUACGGCCAGAAAUCUGAGUAGCCGUCGAACUCAUGCCUCGUAAGUAAUGGUUAGGUGUUAGCUAAGACAAAUGUUGUUUUGCUAGUUAGGUGCAGACCUGUUGUUUCUUUCCACCCAUCACAUGCGAUUUUGACAUCCUUUCGUGACGGUGGAAUGCGACACCAAGAUGGUCUUGGAGAAUGGCUAUGUAAUUUCUUAGGUAGUGCAGCAACCUAUGUCUGCUUUUGUUACUUGAUGGUGCACUGCUUGUGAAGCAACCUUGUUAGAGCUGUGGCCCAUGGGAGCUUCUCUUUUAUGAAUGCCAUGUAAGAAACUUCGCUCUGCGUGGACAACAGUUUCGUCUCAAAAGUUUCUUUUGCUGAUGUUGGUAACUGA